ACAGUUCAGCUCCCGGUUCUGUCGCUCUGCCAGCGGGCUGCUGGAGAGAAACCGCGCUUUGCUCCCAAAUAAGAGGCGAGUAUUUCCCGUCGCGGAAGGUGAAAACAGAUGCUUUUGGAGCAGCGUGCGCGGAUCCGAGAGGAUGCCUGACUGAGACAGCGACAUCAAGCUGAUGAAAACAGUGAGGUGUCAGCGGCUCCCUCACCUGUCAUGUGCAUGUUCAGUGAGACAGUAACCUGAGAACCUGUCUUCGGGGAAAUCCAGGAUGUGUCCCAUUGCGUCACUGCAAUUAGACGAGACCAGCGGAUGGGGCGGCCUCUCCAGACCGGCUGCUGUGGCCUUCCUGCUGUGCGUGUGGCUUGGCUCAGGCCCCUCCAUGGCUCUAUGCCCAACCUACUGCCUUUGUGCCAGUGAUAUCGUUUCCUGCAGUGGACGCAAUCUGUCCUCGCCUCCAUUCGAUCUACCCGUCUUUGCCACACGACUAGACCUGAGUCACAAUGCCCUCAGUCAAUUAUCCGCUGACUGGAUCCCGCAGCAGUACGACCGGCUUUCCACGCUGGUUCUCAGUCGUAACACCAUCAGUGGAAUUGAGGUGAACGCCUUCAGCAUGAUGCCAUAUCUCCAUCAUCUGGACCUUUCCUCCAACUGUCUGACGGGGCUGAACUCAUCAAUAUUUACGGGGCUGAGGCAGCUGAAAGAGCUGCUACUAUACGACAACAAGAUUAUUCACAUCAACCAUGGAGCUUUUAGUGAUCUCGGAAGGCUCUCCAAGCUUUAUCUCUCGGGGAACCAGCUGACAACCUUCCCCUCUAGUGUUUUUUGGGCUCCUGAAGGUCCUCGCAAUUUAACCUUCCUCGAUUUGUCUUCAAACCAAAUCUCAGAGGUGCCCGUCCAGACUCUUGUGUCUCUUACGCAACAAGCUGGAAUCUAUUUGCAGGGAAAUCCAUUAGUGUGUGACUGUGCUUUGAUGGCUUUGCUGCAGUACUGGAUGUGGAGACAGUAUCGCCCUCUGCUUGACUUUACGGGUCAAUACACAUGUGGAGCUAUAGGAUCUCAGUUAAAUUGUAGCCAAGAGGACGUUCCUGAAACUCUUGUCGAAUCUCCCACGUACCAAGCAGAACCAGGUCAGUCCCUCUGGAUUCCAUGUCCGGGAUUUAAAUCGCCAGUCACAAAGAAGCUACUGGUUUACUGGAUUACUCCUCGGACUGUGCUAAAUUCCUCUACAGCCGACGUCCGUUUCGAUGUUUUCUCCAACGGGACGCUCCGAAUUAGAAGAUCUCAGGCGGAGGAUGCUGGUAAAUACAUCUGCGUGGCAGUUCGGGGGCGCCUUUAUCACCCCUACGAAUCUCUGGAGAUCAAAGUGUUAGUGGGUAACAUGAGCGGCACUUCCACCUCAGCGCGCAGCGGCGCCGAACAUUUCAACACCGCCUUCACCACCUUGGCGUCCUGUGUGGUCAGCAUCGUGCUGGUGUUGCUCUACCUCUACCUCACACCUUGUCGAUGCAGCCGGAGUCAAGGUGGCGGGUCGAGAGGAUGUGGCGGGCGAGCGUUCACACUCUGCUCAGACCCCAGGGAGGUGGAUUCAGGGCAGCGUCGGGCCAAUGGUAAGAGAGUGGCGUUUUUAGAGCCCCAGGAAGAGAACUGCCCCAUUGGUAGCGCAAAAAUACCAGUGAACUUAGGCCAUGUUACUACGGAGGGAAUUCUAAAGAAUGGAAGUAGGCCAGUAGGACAGACCCUCACAGACUCAGCUCUCAUGGCGUGAGAUGAAAAAUCCCUAAUUUUCUUAAAUCUGGCGUCUAAUGUGAUCCAUGACUGUGACUAUUGUGGGUGACGCCCCUGAGCUGUCCUUCUGAAGGAGCAAUGACAUGUGCACCACAGCUCUAAGUGGUUUUGCCUGUCAUUCUUAUCCAAAUUUCAUGGUCACUGCAGGAAGUUAUUACCGCAAAGGUCACAGCGAUUCCACCAAUGUCGGUGUGUGUUUGAAUUGAUAGGCGGGACUUGAUGGCUGCUGUAUCUUCAUGAAGGAUGCAUGUAAUGGCUUGGAAAUGUCCUUCUUUUGGGACAUGUGUCUUUUGUUUUGCUUCUAAAUUGUGAACAAAAUGAAGAGUGUCGAGAGGAGAAUCAAUUUGCCUUCACCACAAAUUCAGUUUCAAGCUCACCCAUGAGGAAACCAUUGUUCCCAACAAUGUACUUGACUUCUUGAACAAAUUAAAAGUAAACUGAAAUGUUGAUGACAAUGUUGUGCUUCUUAGUUUAGUCGUGAUCAAUGUUAUUCAUGUUGAUUUCUGUGUCACCGUCCGUCCAAAUACCAAUGAACAAGGUUUC